AUGGAAAUUUCUGAGAAUCAAAAAGCAAUCUUAAUAUCUACCACGCAUGAAGUCGCCUCCAACCAAGCUCUUAAUGGUAGCAUCUUGGUAGCACUUAAAGAAGCAAACAUCAAUUAUUUUAAUUUGCUUUUUCUCCACAUUUGCUUUGCUUUGCAAAGCAGGUCUCACAUUACAGGUUCUAAAAUAUGUAUCGCAGCAAGUUCACAAGUAAAUACAAAAAAUUUGUUUCGUUUGAGAAAUCUUAAAAGUUCAACCUGGAAAUUAACUUUUUUUAAACAUGAAUCAACAGUUGAAUUGAGUGAAAGUGGAAGCAAGAUUCAAUAA